AUGUCACCGAGCAGAUUGACAGAGUCCAGUGAGGGCAACGACUGUGAUGUCGUUGUUGUUGGAGCCGGACCGGCAGGUUUAAUGCUUGCCGCAAACCUCGUGCGCUUUGGUAUAAAGACCAUAAUCUUGGACGACCGACCAGACAAGACAUCCACUGGACGAGCAGAUGGCAUCCAGCCAAAGACAAUCGAGACACUACGUCAGAUGAGGUUGUCGGACAGCCUUCUCAAGCGCGGUGCAAAGAUCUACGACAUUGCGUUCUGGAGCUCGUCCUCGCAAAGUGCGCUACGAAGGACUGGCAGGCAGAUUCACUAUCCACCAGUCGUGGAUCUCUUGGAUCCCUACAUCCUGCUUGUUCACCAGGGAAUGGUUGAAGAAGUCUUCCUGGACGACCUGCACAGUAGAGCAGUAGAUGUGCGAAGGAAUUCCAAAUUCCUGUCGUAUGAUUACAGCACUGACGCUGCGAGAGCGUUGCGAAUUACGUACCGAGACUCAACAGUCAGCUCAGAGGUUCAUGUCAAUGCAAAUYUCCUCGUCGGUUGCGACGGUGCCCAUUCGGAGGUGCGAAAGUCUAUGGGAGUGGCGGCGGAAGGAGCAAGUUCGGAAGCCAUAUGGGGAGUCCUCGAUGGAGAGAUUGCUACGGACUUUCCUGAUCUCUGGAGCAAGGCUGUGGUCUACUCCGAAAGCUAUGGCAAUGUUUUGUGCAUUCCACGGGAGAGAAACAUGACCCGAUUGUAUAUCGAGCUAAAGGCAGAGAAUGGACGCAGCAUUGCGAAAGAGAUGGCCACGCAGGAGUAUGUCAUGCAGCGCGCCCGCGAGAUUCUACAGCCUUUUACAUUGGAGUGGUCUAGCGUUGAAUGGUUCGGAGUCUACACAAUCGGCCAGCGAGUCGCAAGCAAGUUCACGGACCAAACAACCUGUGUUUUCAUUGCGGGCGAUGCAAGCCACACGCACUCUCCAAAAGCCGCUCAGGGCAUGAACACUGGAAUGCACGACUCUCUCAACCUCGCCUGGAAGCUCAAUCUGGCUGUCAGGGGCAUCUCGCAGCCUGCGCUCCUUUCCACAUACGAACAGGAACGCAGGAAGAUCGCCCAGGAUCUCAUAAACUUCGACUACGAGCAUGCGAAUGCAUUCCACGAUGGAGAUCCGCAAGCACUUGCGGCCAACUUCUUGAAGAACAUUCGCUUCAUCUCGGGUGUUGGUGCUGAAUAUGGUCCCAAUCUUAUCAAUGGUCACCCUGAGCAUACCACGAUCAUUCAGCCAGGAUCCUUAUUGCUACCUGCAAAGGUCACUCGGUACAUCGAUGCCAAUCCGGUGGAUAUCCAGCUGGACAUCCCGAUGCUUGGUCAAUUUCGUGUCUACCUCAUCUGUCCCGAUGUGAACGCUGCGUUGCCAUUUCUGGAAGCUCUUGCCGACGAGAUCUCACAAGCAAUCAUCGCGCCGUUCAACAAGCUUCACGGUACCUCUUACACGAAGCGGCCAUACCCUGUGAGCGAUGCGGAUGGCUACAUCAUGCCUGAGCGGUACACAGCCUGCAGUCAAUUGCUUACACUCGCAUUGUUGACCGAGACACGCAAGUCCGAAUUUGAGAUUGCCAGUCUGCCUAGAAUCUUCCAACAGAGUCGAUGGAGCAUUUACUUGGACGAUCUGGCUGAACAGAGUACAAGGUCAACUAGCUGCCGUCAAAAGUGGAUCGGGAACAUGGCGAACGAUGAGGUAGCCAUUGUUAAUGUCAGACCAGAUGGUUAUAUUGGAAACGUCAGUCGAUGGAAUGUUGGCGUAGACAAUUCAGCAUUGGAAGCUGCAACUUGGCUGCACAUGUAUUAUUCUGGAUUCCUGAACCUGAGUUAG